AGGUAUAAAAUUGUGCAACUAAAUACACAAGAUAAUAAGGCGAUUCAUACAACAUUUGAAUUAUGGACACUCAAUACAAGACCAUUCACCCUGUGAAGUACCUACAAGACCAUUUGGCACAAAAUGUUCGACCAGAUGGGAGAUUGUUUCUAUCUUUUCGUCCAAUAAGUGUGAACAUUUCAUCGAUAACUCAUGCUGACAGUUCAUCGAUAUUCAAAAUUGGCAAUACAACAGUUGUAUGUGGUAUUAAAGCUGAAUUAGCUAUACCUAAAACAGAAUCUCCUGAACAUGGAUAUAUUGUGCCAAAUGUUGAACUUUCUCCAUUAUGUUCACCAAAAUUUCGACCUGGCCCACCGAGCAAUCAUGCACAAGUUAUUUCAAAAACGAUAGAAAUUGUCUUAAAGAAUUCAGAUGCUGUAAACUUAAAAGACUUAUGCAUUUGCAAAGGCAAACUAGUAUGGGUAUUAUACUGUGAUCUUCUGUGUAUAAACUAUGAUGGUUCUGUAAUCGAUGCUUGUAUUGGAGCAUUAACCGGUGCACUUAGCACUUUGAAUUUACCUGAAACAGUUUACAAUGUCGCAACUGGAAAUAUUUCUGUGCAUCCUAUGAAUAAAAUACAAUUUUCAAUUAAAGCAUUGCCAGUUUCUGUAACAUUUGCAAUAUUCACUGAUCAAUUAUUAAUUGCUGAUCCCACUGAUGAAGAAGAAAGUUUAUGUUUGGGGAGAUUAACAAUUGUCAUGGACAAGGAAAAAAUUUGUUACAUGCACAAGCCUGGUGGGAUUCCUAUUUCAUAUGAUUUAUUUGUAAAAUGUUUAGCAAAAUCCAAAAAAAGAGCAGAAUUAGUAAGAUCGUUAAUUAACACUGCUAUAUCAUCAAUGAGGGUGAAAAGUCAAAAAAAGAAUACUUAG